GUGAACUAGGCUGCUCACAAUAUUACUGCAACUGCAAUAAUCGAUACCCUGACUCAUUAGUGUUACAGUACCCUGUGAGCUAACCGUGCUACGACCACGGCCAUUGCAGCAAAUUUUCCGUCCCCUACGAGCAGAGCACGUUGACACGCCCAAGUGUAUGGAGGAGGACCUCUACAGCGGCAUUGAUGGAGGGACGACUGCCGAAGGCCUAUAUGCGGACUUGUUUGCGGAAACGGCAGUGUCCGGUCACCAUGAAACGUACCUACAGCACAAAGUCAACGAGCUUGAGGAGUUGCUGCGGGAGCGCGAGGCUGAGCUCCAGGUGCUCAGAUCCAAGCUCUGCGCACGAGACCAAGAGCUUGCCAAGGUAGCCGCGGAGCGCGACACCCUGCUCCGCAACAUCUCCUGCCUCUUCAACACCGCCAAGGAGGAGAUGGCACGCAAGCAGGCGGAGAUCAACACCCUGCGCGCCGAGCUCGCCCAGUGCAGCCAUCAGCAUCCGCAGCAGCAGCAUCUACCGCAGCAGCAAGCGGGUACAUGCCUUCCUCGCCAGCAUGGGUCUGGAGACUCCAUGCGGCCAGGCCCCCAUGUCGCACCGCCCCAGUGGGCGCGUGACAGCGGCAGCCAGCCGGUCAGGCCGCACCAACCGCCGCAGGAACCUCCCCGGCCCCGGCUAGAGGGUCAAGAGGCAGCAGCCGACGCCGCUGGUCGCAAGCGCAGCAGAGACGGGAGCGAGGAGAGGGAGCUGCAGCAGCAGCAGCCGGCGGAUGGACACUGGCGCAGCAGGCCGCAUGCGGAGGACAGCGGCAGCAAGCGGUCACGGUGCGAUGGCUAUGGAGCGGAGGCAUCAAGAGGGGCUGCUGCGGGUGCUGAAAGGAGCGCUGGUAGCGCCAGUCCUGGGCAUGAGGUGCGCAGGAGCGAUGGCGGCCUACGGCGAUCAGCGAUGGCCGAUCGGAGUGAGCCCGGCUACCGGGCUAGCUCGGGUGGCGGCAGCAGCAGGUCGGAUGUGACGAUGUGGCGGCGGGACACCUCGGCUCCGCGUGACCUGGGGCCGGAUGGACGAUGCAGCGAAGCUGGUGCUAGUGGGGAACUCCGCCGAGACGAACGAGGCAGCGAGCUCCGCCGGGACGAACGAGGCAGCGAGCUCCGCCGGGACGAACGAGGCAGCGAGCUCCGCCGGGACGAACGAGGCAGCGAGCUCCGCCGAGACGAACGAGGCAGCGAGCACCAUCGCUCCCGGGAACGUGAGGAGAGGUGGGAGGCAGAGCGCAGUCGGGACAGGCGCCUGGAGGGUCGUGACCCAGAUCGUGGAAGCGGGAGGGAGGUAGAGCGUGGGCGAGAUGAGCAACGAGAGGGAAGGCCGGGGCGGGAAAGUGGUUGGGAGACGGAACGGGGACGGGAAAGGUACAAGGGAGGCUGUGACCCACGGGACAGUUGGCGCCCUCGUGAUGACGGACGACGGACUGGUGACCCAGAUCGCCGCUGACCGGGAUCCCCAAGCAUCUUAACGCGUCCAGGGUCUCGCAGUAUCCAAAUGUUGGGCAUUUGCAUGUUGGAGGGAACGUGAUGCAACAGCAAGGCGCGGCGUGGUCAUCCAUGAUGUGCGGGGUUGUGACCAGGGUUUACGGGUGUUCGAUCGGACAGACAGCUCCAGACGCAUGCUGGCUUCUGAGCGGUACAGACUUCAAACCAUGGCAGUCCUAAGCGCAGCUUGUAGCAGUUAAGAUGGACCCACAGGUGUUGAUAUUUGGCUGUGGUGCGGGAAGGCCUUGAGGGGGCUGUCGCCUGGUGGCCAGCCCUUGCUGCAGUUGGCUCUAAUUGUUGAGUAGCCGUGAUUGUACCCGUCACUAUGUACAAUUGAGGUGGCGUUUUCCCGCGCCAUGUAUGUGUGGAAAAUGUACCCAACGGCACCGGUCGCUAAAGCGUGGGAAAAGCCGGUCCGGGCGUAGUGUAGUUGGGACACGCCCUGGAACACCUUGCAGUGAUGCCUAGUACUACCAUUUGAGACGGCUGACGGUUGCGAGGAACGGUUCAAUGCAGGUCGUAUGGACGUGGCAUGCACUCUACACGCGAUGCAUGUGUCGUGUAAAAGCCAGGACGCCAGGAUUGUAG